GAAAGAAAUUAUUAGGAGGUGGAGUUGUUGUUUUUGACAGCUCAACCAACAAACUCACUCCAUUUCUUUUCUGUUUCCUCACCCAAACCCAAACAUUCCGCCAACCAAAACCAACUCAACAAAAAACCCCUUCCCCUUCUCCUUCCCCUUCUCCGGCUUUCUUCAAUGCCCAAUUCCGUCCCCGCCCUUCAAUCCCUAUCCCCACAACACACUCUAACCAUAUUUUAGAUUUCAACCUGAAACCAAAUCCGGAUAUUACCCUAAAUUCACGCACCUCUCGGAUCUGGAUCCCCCAAUUCCACCUUCUCCCUUUUUUCUUAACUUAGUUAAUCCCAUUCCUUUUCCCUACUUUCCUUCCUAAACCCAUCUGCUUAUGGCUUCCGCCAAAUCCUCUCGGUCAAGACCACCCCACUCCGGAGCUUCAGCCAAGGCUAAUGUCAAAGAUGCAGGGGCGAAAUUCGAGGAAAAUCUCAACGUUUUCAAGUCCGAUAACUUCGAUGCCGAUGCUUUUGUGCACUCCAAGUGUCACUCCCUUAAUGAAAAGGAAAUAAGACAUUUAUGCUCGUAUCUCGUCGAUCUGAAGAGAGCUUCUGCUGAAGAAAUGCGCAGGAGCGUAUAUGCUAAUUACAAAGCUUUUAUACGUACAUCCAAAGAGAUAUCAGAUUUAGAAGGUGAACUUUCAUCCAUGAGAAACUUGUUAUCAACUCAGGCAACCCUGGUUCAUAAUUUGGCUGAGGGAGUUCAUAUUGACUCUUUGUCUGAUACUCCUGACGGUUCUGCUACAACCGGUACAUUGAACAAUGAAGUGCAAGAACCUUCGGACGUGGAAAAAUGGUGUACAGAGUUUCCUGAUUGCCUUGAUGUAUUGUUGGCUGAAAGGAGAAUAGAUGAAGCUUUAGCCAGCCUUGAUGAAGGAGAACGUGUUGUGUCUGAAGCAAAAGAAAAGAAAACACUGGCUCCUGCCAUGCUUUUGUCACUUCAGACUACUAUAACAGAACGCAGGCAAAGAUUAGCUGAUCAGCUUGCUGAAGCUGCCUGCCAACCUUCCACAAGGGGUGCUGAGCUUCGAGCAGCAAUCUCAGCUCUCAAAAAACUAGGCGAUGGUCCUCGUGCUCAUAGUUUACUCCUUAAUGCACACUAUCAGAGGUAUCAGUAUAACAUGCAAAGCCUACGUCCAUCAAGCACCUCUUAUGGAGGAGCAUAUACAGCAGCACUUUCACAGCUUGUGUUCUCCGCCAUUGCUCAAGCUGCCAGUGAUUCCUUGGCUAUUUUUGGCAAGGAAACAGCUUAUACAUCUGAGCUUGUGAUGUGGGCAACAAAGCAGACUGAGGCAUUUGCGAUUCUUGUCAAAAGACAUGCAUUAGCUUCAUCUGCUGCUGCUGGGGGUUUGAGAUCUGCAGCGGAAUGUGUUCAAAUAGCUUUAGGGCAUUGUUCAUUACUGGAGGGGCGUGGUCUUGCUCUUUGUCCUGUGCUUUUGAAGCUCUUCAGGCCUAGUGUUGAGCAAGCUCUGGAUGCUAAUUUGAAGCGGAUUGAAGAAAGUACAGCUGCAUUGGCUGCUGCAGAUGAUUGGGAGCUCUCAUGUCCUCCAAGCGCUGGGCGCCUGUCUGGGAGGACAAGUGCAGCUGCGAGUGGGAUGAUGGCAUAUCAGCACAAGCUCUCAAGUAGUGCUCAUCGAUUCAAUACUAUGGUCCAGGAUUUUUUCGAAGAUGUUGGACCCCUCUUAAGCAUGCAGUUGGGAAGUAAAACAUUGGAUGGAUUGUUCCAGGUGUUCAAUUCCUAUGUAAAUAUGCUCAUAAAAGCAUUACCUGGCUCCAUGGAAGAAGAUGCCAGUUUUGAAGGUUCUGGAAAUAAAAUUGUUCGAAUGGCCGAAACUGAAGCGCAACAGAUUGCAUUGCUUGCCAAUGCAUCCUUACUAGCUGAUGAGCUAUUGCCACGUGCAGCCAUGAAGCUCUCCCCAUUAAAUCAGGCUAAUUACAAGGAUGAUUCUCGUAGAAGGCCCAUGGACCGCCAAAAUCGUAAUCCUGAGCAAAGGGAAUGGAAGAGACGCCUGCUUAAUUCUGUUGAUAGAUUGAAAGAUAGUUUCUGCCGCCAACAUGCUCUAGAUCUUAUUUUUACAGAAGAAGGUGAUAGUUAUCUAACUGCAGAUAUGUAUAUAAACAUGGAUGGGAAUACAGAUGAAAUAGAGUGGUUCCCUUCUCCCAUAUUCCAGGAACUUUAUGCAAAACUUAAUAGAAUGGCUGGCAUUGCGGCAGAUAUGUUUGUAGGCCGGGAAAGAUUUGCUACGUUAUUAUUAAUGAGGCUCACAGAAACUGUCAUUUUAUGGCUUUCAGAAGACCAAACAUUUUGGGAUGAUAUUGAAGAAGGACCUAGGCCUUUAGGUCCUCUUGGUCUGCAGCAGUUCUAUCUGGAUAUGAAAUUUGUCAUGUGCUUUGCUUCGCAAGGCCGCUACUUGUCCAGAAACUUGCAUCGUGUGGUCUAUGAUAUUAUAUCUAAAGCGAUGGCUGCAUUUUCUACAACAGGCAUGGAUCCGGAUAGUGUACUUCCUGAAGAUGAUUGGUUCAAUGAAAUUUGUCAAGAUGCAAUAGAGAAGCUCAGUGGAAAACCGAAGAUUGCUAAUGGGGAACGGGACCUCAACAGCCCAACUGCUUCUGUUUCAGCACAAUCAAUUUCAUCCGUUAGAUCUCACGGAAGUUCCUGAUUCAUAAUUCUAGCGAAUUUGUAAAUUAGACUGCAUACUUUGUACCUAAUGGAUUACCUGCCACCUUGUAUUCAAAGUAAGAUUCAAUUUUUUUUUUUUUUCUCUUUUUUCUCUAUCCCCAUAGAAGAAGUUUUAGCUCUGUAUUUGAUUUCUUGGAAGGCUAGAAAUUCUUUCUGUUCUCCGGUUGGGGGAGCAUGUUGAGUGUGUAUAUGUGGAUGACAUGUUUUAGUGCA